AUGUUAUAGUAAACUAUCUAAAAUAACUCAAGAAUGAUAAACUAAUAAUAGAAAGAUAAUAAUAAUUCAGAAGGAAAUAUUGAAUAAAAAAAUGAAAAAAUUUAAACUGAAAACUAAUAAUAGAAAGAUAAUAAUAAUUCAGAAGGAAAUGUUUAGUAAACAUCUGAAAUAACCAAGAAUGAAAACUAAUCGUUAAAAGAGAAUAUUAAUUUAGAUGGAAAUGGUGAAUAAAAAAAUGAAAAAAUUUAGAAUGAAAACUAAUAGUAGAAAGAUAAUAAUAAUUCAGAAGGAAAUUUUGAUUAAACAGAAUAAUCAAUUUAAAUUAAAAACUAAUAAUAAUAAUAAGAGAAUAAUAAUUCAGAAGGAAAUGUUGAUUAAAUAAAAGAACAAAUUUAAUUUGAAAAUUAAUAAUAAGAGAAUGAUAAUUCUAAAGGAAAUUAGAAUUAUAAUUCCGAUAGAAAUGUUGAUUAAAUAUCUGAAACAACUAAGAAUGAAAACUUAUAAUAAUAAUAAGCAACUAAUUCAGAAAUUUAUGUUGAAUAACCAAGCCUAUAAUAAUAAUACAAAAACAAUUCAUAAAUUAUUUAAUAAACAAAUGGACACCUCUAACCAUAAUAUAAAAACAAAUCAGAAAUUCUAGCAUAAUAACAAACUAAAACCAAGCAUGAAUAAUAUUUAUAAAAAACCAAUUCAGGAAUUCUUGUUUAAUAAACAAAUGAAAAUUAAUAAUAAUAAAAUAACAAUUUAUAAGAAUAAGUCAAUAACAUUUCAAAAUAAAAUGUUGAACAAACUUAUGAAACAAGAGAGAAUGAUAAAUAAUAGUAAGAAAAAACGAAUAUUCCUGAAACUGCAUCUGAAUAAACUUCCGUAAGUGAUGAGAUCUAUCAAUAGCCUCCAAUCUAAAACUAGCCAUAAAAUCCACUGCCCGUACAAACCCCAUAAAGAACAUUUGUAUUUAAAAUUACUAGUAUUACUUAUGAAGAACCGAAAAAAAAAGAAAAGUUUUAGAUUAAUAAAUUAUGUGAUUUACUAAAUUAAGUAGCUUAAAUGAAUGGACUAAACUCUCAAGAAGAUUUAAAAGCUUAGGAUUACUUAUAUUUUCCAAUCAAUCUCAGUCAAGCACAUUGGAUAAGCGUAGUAGUCAACUUAAAAAAAAAAAUAAUUUAUUAUUUUGACUCCUAUUAUGAAAGCGUAGAGGAUGAUGUAAAAGAAGGCAUAUUUAUAAUAUUAAAAAGCUUAAAUUUUGACCGCUAAGAUUUUAAAUUUGAAUGCAAAUGGAAUAAAUAAUAAAAUGGAUAUGAUUGUGGUGUUUUUAUUUUAUUAUCAUUAUUAUAUACAUACCAAGAAGAGGAUAACUAUUCCUAUAAUUAACAAAGGGCAACUGAGUUUAGAAAUCGAAUUUUAUAUGAUUUAGCUAUUGUGGGUUCUUAGACAAAUUUAACAAAAGAACAAUUUGAAUCCAUUAUAAAUUGA